AUGCGAGCGUUAUCCAACAUGAGAGCUCUUCUUCUUCUUCUUCUUCUUCUCUGCUUGUUCUCGCUGCUUCUCGUUUCAGUGACCGCCGUGAACCCGUCACUGAACGACGACGUUCUAGGGCUGAUUGUGUUCAAAGCUGACGUACAAGAUCCCAAGGGAAAGCUCGCAUCUUGGAAUGAAGAUGAUGAGAGUGCUUGUGGUGGUAGGUGGGUCGGCGUGAAAUGUAACCCUAGAUCCAAUAGGGUGGUGGAGGUUAACCUUGAUGGGUUCUCUCUCUCUGGAAGAAUAGGUCGAGGCCUUCAAAUGUUGCAAUUUCUGCGCAAGCUUUCUCUGGCGAACAACAACCUCACGGGGGGUAUAAGCCCCAACAUUGCUCGUAUCAAUAACCUUAGGGUCAUUGAUUUGAGUGACAACAAUUUGUCAGGGGAGGUGCCUGAUGAUUUUUUCCGACAAUGUGGGUCUCUCAGGACUGUUUCUUUGGCGAGGAAUAAAUUUUCUGGUAAUGUUCCUUCUAGUUUGGGGUCAUGUUCAGCUAUUGCUUCCAUUGACCUCUCUUUUAACCAGUUUUCGGGUUCUGUUCCUCCUGGGAUUUGGGCUUUGAGUGGACUCAGGUCCCUGGAUUUGUCUGAUAACUUGUUGGAGGGUGAGAUUUCGAAAGGGGUUGAGGCAAUGAAGAAUUUGCGGAGCAUUAACUUGGCAAGGAAUCGGUUUUCUGGGGAGAUUCCAGAUGGUUAUGGAAGUUGCUUGCUUUUGAGGUCUAUUGAUUUCAGCGAGAAUUCUCUUUCUGGUAGUAUCCCUGGGGAUUUGAAGGAACUCACGUUGUGUAAUUACCUUAGUUUGCGUGGAAAUGCCUUCUCAGGAGAUGUUCCUGAGUGGGUUGGAGAGAUGAAAGGCCUUGAGAUAUUGGACCUCUCAAACAAUAGAUUUUCUGGUCAUGUGCCAGACUCUAUAGGAAAUCUUCAGUCAUUGAAGACGUUGAAUUUUUCUGCAAAUGAUUUCACUGGUAAUCUGCCAGAGUCUAUGGUAUAUUGCACAAGCCUUUUGGCCUUGGAUGUUAGCAGGAAUUCAAUGUCCGGAGGUCUUCCUUCAUGGAUUUUCAAGUCAGAUUUGGAGAAGGUUUUGGUAUCUGAAAACAGGCUGAGUGGUAGCCUGGAAAAAAGCCCAUUGUAUCCCUUGGCUGAAGUUGCAGUCCAAAGUCUUCAAGUUUUGGAUUUAUCUGACAAUGCAUUUUAUGGUGAAAUCACUUCUGCUAUUGCAGGUUUAACUAGCUUGCAAUUUUUGAAUUUAUCGAAGAACUCUCUAAGAGGUCCGGUACCAGCUGCAAUUGGUGAAUUAAAAUCAUGUUCUAGUCUUGAUUUGAGUCAUAAUAGCCUAAACGGAUGCAUACCUUGGGAAAUAGGAGGAGCUUUGUCCUUGAAAAAAUUUAGAUUGGAUAAUAACUACCUAAUUGGGAAAAUUCCAAGCUCAAUUGAGAACUGCUCUUCGUUAACAACUUUGAUUCUGUCCCAGAACAGGCUGAGUGGUUCGAUACCUGCAGCAGUUGCAAAACUUACCAACCUGCAAACUGUGGACUUAUCAUUUAACAACCUCAGUGGAAACCUUCCCAAGCAAUUAGCCAACCUUCCCAAUCUUCUUUUGUUCAAUUUAUCUCACAACAACCUUCAAGGUGAACUGCCUGCUGGUGGGUUUUUCAACACCAUUUCGCCUUCCUCUGUUUCUGGCAAUCCAUCGCUUUGUGGCUCUGCAGUGAACAAAUCAUGCCCUACUGUUCUCCCAAAGCCUAUUGUUCUAAAUCCCAACACUACUGACUCUGGCCGCCCAGAUUCCCUGCCUCCAAAUUUGGGUCACAAGAGAAUCAUUCUCAGCAUUUCUGCUCUCAUCGCCAUUGGUGCAGCUGCUGUCAUUGUAAUUGGUGUCAUUGGCAUCACUGUUCUCAAUCUCCGUGUUCGGUCCUCCACAGCUCGAUCUGCAGCUGCACUCGCAUUUUCCGCAGGGGAUGAAUUCAGCCAUUCCCCAACUACCGAUGCCAACUCUGGCAAGCUUGUUAUGUUUUCAGGUGAGCCUGAUUUCAGCUCUGGAGCACAUGCUUUGCUUAAUAAGGAUUGUGAGCUUGGGCGUGGAGGGUUCGGGGCAGUAUAUCAAACAGUUCUUGGAGAUGGGCGUUCAGUUGCUAUAAAGAAACUCACUGUCUCAAGUCUUGUUAAGUCUCAAGAAGAUUUCGAAAGAGAAGUGAAGAAAUUAGGAAAAGUCAGACACCAAAAUCUUGUGGAACUCGAAGGUUAUUAUUGGACUACAUCACUGCAGCUCCUCAUAUACGAGUAUGUCUCUGGCGGUAGUCUGUAUAAGCAUCUCCAUGAAGGAUCAGGCGGAAACUUCCUCUCAUGGAAUGAGAGGUUUAAUGUGAUUCUGGGGACAGCAAAGGCCUUGGCUCACUUGCAUCACUCCAACAUUAUUCACUAUAACAUUAAGUCAACCAAUGUCCUUAUUGAUAGUUACGGUGAACCUAAAGUUGGGGAUUUUGGCCUAGCAAGACUGUUACCAAUGCUUGAUAGCUAUAUUUUGAGCAGCAAAAUUCAGAGCGCACUUGGCUACAUGGCCCCAGAGUUUGCCUGCAAAACGGUUAAAAUUACUGAGAAAUGUGAUGUUUAUGGGUUUGGAGUUUUGGUUUUGGAGAUUGUUACAGGGAAGAGGCCUGUGGAAUAUAUGGAGGAUGAUGUGGUGGUACUUUGUGACAUGGUCAGAGGAGCUUUGGAAGAAGGCAGGGUGGAGGAAUGUAUUGAUGAGAGACUCCAAGGGAAGUUCCCAGCAGAGGAAGCCAUUCCUGUGAUGAAGUUAGGCUUAAUAUGUACUUCUCAUGUGCCUUCUAAUCGCCCUGACAUGGGAGAGGUUGUUAACAUUCUGGAACUUAUAAGAUGUCCCUCAGAAGGACAGGAGGAGUUGUUGGGAUGAAUUAACUUUGUAAUUUUCUUCACUUGGAGGAUACACAAUGGGUUAUCCGGGGAACAAGAAUCCGGUUUUAUUUCUUAGAAAGAGACAAAAUGUUUCCUUUUUCAUUGUUAGUCUCUAGUUUGUUUUAAGAUUUCUCUGCUACACCUAUGAUGCCGGAUUCCUUUUCACCGAGUUCCCUUUUGGACCCCUUUGAAAAUUGUUGCUCAAUUACUCAUAUUUCAUAUUUCAGUUUGGUUUUUU